AUGCCUUGCCUCUGCAGGCCUUCAAAAAGGCGUUUUCUAACUCCCAAGGCAGGAAAUCGAAAGUCAACUUGGAUAGAGAGAGCUUUUCGAGCUCUGAGCAAAAAGCAGAGGAAAAAGCACGGUAAACGACCCAAGAUCUCCCUCGUGCGCCAGGAUUCUUCAGAUCUCUUUACAUUCGUUCGGCCGUCGCCCUUGUUCGACCCAUUUGUCGACCCAUUCGAUCAGCAAUUGCCGAGCACCCCCAUAUCAUUUUCUCCAGAUUCGUUUUUCCAGAUUCCCGCUCAGGGGCCUUCACAGGACCAUUUGAUAGCCCGUUCGAAUUCAAGCCCACAAGACCGGAAUUUGCAUUUUGAGCCUUCCCCAAAUCCUCUUUUGCCUUUGCGAGUGAGAUUCCAGGAUACUUCGUCGGGUCCUCAAUCUCCCUGCUUUGACGACCUUAUCCGGAAACGCCCUCCAACGCCUCUACUUCCACCUGUCAUUGAAGAUCAGAGCGCCUCCCAAAUUCUUAUACAGAAAGGGAGUUCUACAUCAGACCCUGGAUUUCUUUCAAAGAGGAUAUUUUCUUUGCCAGAGGACUGUUAUUUUCCUACCGAAUUUCCUUCCAUUGGCCCUAACGAGAUUGAGAGGGACAGCUUGAUCUCUAGUGCAGCGCGUGUUGACAAGGCGAUUCAUGAGCAAAAGUCUCUCAAAGAGUUAACACCCAUCUGCACUCAAUCCAAAGGGUCGCCCAGCAAACUUCCUCCGUCAAAACUCCGCUUCGAGCUGCUACCUCCCAAGACUGAUUCUGAUCGCCCAUCAGCAUAUUCGCGCAAUCGUCGAGCAGCGAAAAUGGAGGUUUCACGAGCAUCGCAGUUCCUGGACCCGUCCUCCGCCAUGGCGACGCUCACCAAGCAAAAAGCAGAGUCCAUCAAACUCGCCAGAGAGCAAGCUGCAGCCGUACAGGAAAUGUGUCGGCGCGCAAAAUCCGAAGUGCCUCCUUACGAAUUUGAAGAACUCAUUGGGAAAGGCGCAUAUGGACGCGUCUACAAAGGUCGUCAAUUACCGUCGCGAGAUGUGGUGGCUAUCAAGGUCAUGGAUAUUGAUACUUUGGACUACAAGAUGCAUCGUGAUAUGAAGGAUGAAUCGAUCAAGGAUUUUAUUCACGAGAUCAAGGCGAUGAACCAGGCUAAAGAAGCCGGGGCGAAAAAUAUAAACAUGCUGAUUGAAGCUAUUUCCAUCCAUUCUCAGCUGUGGGUUGUUUGCGAGUACUGCCCAGGUGGUAGCGUGAAGACAUUGAUGCGUGCCACAGGAGACAAGCUCGAAGAGAAAUUCAUCAUCCCCAUUGCCCGCGAACUCGCCAGUGGCCUCCGCGCAAUCCAUGACGCAGGAAUCAUCCAUCGAGAUGUAAAGGCGGGGAAUGUUCUCAUCCACGAAGAAGGGCGCCUACAAAUUUGCGAUUUUGGUGUCGCUGGUAUCCUACAAUCCAAAGUCGACAAACGAUCCACCUGGAUUGGCACUCCUCACUGGAUGCCUCCUGAAAUGUUUUCGACUCGUGGUGGCGAAGCUCAUCAAUAUGGCAGUGAACUUGACGUCUGGGCAUACGGCUGUACUCUAUAUGAAUUUGCAACUGGAAAUCCACCCAAUGCUGGACUUCGAGAACGGAUGCAAAUUGGUCGCUCACUAGGACGCAACACUCCUAAACUCGAAGGCGAUCAGUACAGCCAGGAACUCAAAAACAUUGUCGCUUUCAGCUUGAACUCAGAUCCACUCACACGUCCAACCAUGGCUACGAUUCUCGAACACCCUUACAUCGCCAGCUCUGAGGCCGAUUAUCCAACCAAGUCACUGAGCGAAUUGGUACGAAACUACUACCAGUGGUCUCAACGCGGCGGCCAGCGCAUGUCUCUUUUCCAUCCUGGUGGCGCUGCAGCGGCCGAGUUCCCCGACAAUCCACAGCUUGAAGAGGACUGGAACUUUAGUACCACCGAUGGCUUCGAGCGACGGUACUCUGUGUUGGAUUUGGACCAACUCUCUGCUUCUCUUGCCGAGUUGGCUGGCCAUGAGCCCUCAUUCCCGCAAAACCCUGAGCCUUCUAUGGAUGACAUUGCCAUUACUGAAAUGACACCGAUAGAAAAGGCGAACUUUGACGAGCGUGUGAAGCGAGGUGCUGCGGCUAUGGAAGGUCUGUUUGACGAGGAGAAACCUACAUACAAAUACGAAACAAAGAAUGAUUUUGUUCCGAUCGAGGAAAAGCAAGCACCGUCCGACCUGCCUCUUCGUACUACGACAGAUCGUUCGUCCGUCACGUCGACAUUUAUUGAUAUCAACCUAGGCUCGUUCGAUUCUGCUCACUAUGCUGCUGGAACAGCCUCACAGUUCCAGCUCGCAGAUGCCGAUACGAUACGUGCUAACCGCUCGAGUCUACGUUCUGGACGCAAUUCGGAUGGCGAUCAGACACGUAAUCGCUACAGUGACGUUGACAGCGAAAAUGAUUCUUUUCAACCAAAUGCACCACGUCCACCUACUAUGGAUUGGAAAUUCCCUACCAUGAUCGUCCCUGAAGAUAACGAGCCAGAAUCCUUACCAGCACCCGUUGCGGAUGAACCUUUUAUUUCUCCUGCUGAGGAGAAGCGAGCUACUCGCGAUUGGAAGUUUCCUGUCAUGACUGAUACGGUGAACGAUGAGAUGCCCACUCUAGAAAAGGACAAUAUGUACACAUAUGACGAGACCCCAGCUCAUACUAUUCGUCCUGCGCAAAUCCAGACGCACCAGUCUCAACUUUCACAUCAAUCUCAACAAUCAGCCCUCGACCUCAGCAUUGGCCACGUCAACAACAACCUCAGCGUUGACGGAAUCGACGUCGCAGCUAUUUCUCGCCCUUCAACAGCAACAUCCACAAUCAGUGACUACGACCCAUUCCGGUUCGACCGGAGCCCCGAUAUCUCUCAACGCAACCACCACCGCAUGGCCUCAAAGGCGCCUUCUCUACUCAGCAUUUCCAGCCUCGACGAAGGUCCCGGUCCUGAUCAUGAAGAUGAUAUAAUCAUCGAAGAAGAUGGCCCAGGCCCCGACCAAGAAGAUGUGCCCGAGCUCACCCCCAACGCUACCGCCAGUACUUCAAUGACUGCCCAAAUGGAACUCUCGCAGCAGCGCCAAAGAGCCACUUCUUCGUCUUCUCGUGACUUGAGCCGUCCUACGAGCCAGACCUUGCAGUUCCCUGAAGUCCAAUUCCCAAGCGCAGAGUCCAUGAUGGAGAACGCGUCAGAUGAUGUCGUUACAGCGGAGUUGGAUCGUUUGAUUGAUGAUUUUAUGCAAGCGUGCUAUACGACGAUUAAUGUGGUGGAGAGUAUGGAAUAG